AUGCAUACAGACUCUGAAGACAGCGAUGACGGGGGUGGCGCAAGCCCGGUAGGACGCUCCAAGAACGACACGGAUAACCCCUACACUAGUACAUUGGCCAACAAAGACGAGAGGUUAAAAGCUCUUGCAACUGAGUACUCGAAGACGAAGCCUUGUCUGAGAACGGUCAGCUACGCCUUUCGACAGUGGUCGUGGCUCUCGGACUUCAUACUUGACGAGGCCACUCUCGCCAACUCGUCACGUAAAGCCAUCCGUGGCGACGUUCCCAGGAUUGUAUUGGAUCUCGCAGAGUUCUUGGACGACUGGGAGCGCCACAAGGUCUAUGAAGUAAAGGACGGCACUGAGUCCGUCAGGUGUUAUUUCAGGCGCUUGGGCAUCGAGAAAGAAGGGUCUGUGAGCCCAGGCGCGCACGACUUUGGGCGGCUUCACCCUUUGACGAAAUCGUUUAGCACGCUAUCAACUCACAAGAUCCUAUUCGUGUAUCGAACUCUGGACGUUUUGGCGUGGCUUUCUGGUGCUGGCGAAACCACUCAAGCGCGUGCUGUACAGAACUCGAACGACAUUGCCUCUCUCGCUCCGGCGCUCUCUGCUGACAAGUUUCCCGCGAUAAAGAACUGGGUGAAUGCCUUGAACGAGACCGCAAAGGCGUGCGUUCCGGAAACGACAUCGCGCGGCGAGUUACCGGUCGUUGAUUGGGAUAACCUUCAAACCGCAUUUCCUUCCCGCUAUCAAGUGAGAUCCAUGAAAUUAGGACCAAUCGGCCAAGAUCGAAACAACAUGCGCAUCAACGAAAUAGCUGUACGCAACAUCGAAACAGCUGCUUUUGCUUUGUGUUACCUUCUCAAGGAGUGCUAUGAUCAUGACGACAACCUCUCCCACAUCAACCUAACAGACCUCAAGAAACACUGCGGUGGGGAUGUCGACCGAUGUCGGAACGUCUGGGCGACCUUGGCGAUGGCUUUGUUCGUAUCGCCAGUUCUCCUUCUGUGCCGCAAAGAUAUAUUCAAAAUGGAGAUCCCCCUCAUACGCCUGUGGGAGUUCUGGAGACGACUCGGCAACAAUGACCGGCCGGCUGCGCUGGUGAAGGUGGAGAAACAGAUAUGGAAGAUCAUCCUCGACGUCAUGUACGGUUCUCAGGCAUCCGACUGUCUUGCAUCAUUCGCGAAGUACUGGUUGGACUCAGAGGGCUUGAGUGAAAAAGGGGGUUACGCGUCGUGGUUUGUUGCGCCGGGGACGGCGAGACCAGCAGAUCCCUCGACGAUACAGCCCAAGGACCCAGCUUCGAACCCCGCGCGGACGCAGCCGCUGCAGCAGGCGUCCUUGUUCAAGAUCGACUCUAUGAAGAAGGAGAUACAGGAACAGAACAAACGUAUCGCUGAGCUUGAGGAAACGAAUGCCUCGAUCGAGCAGGCGAAGCAGAAAGCCGAUGAUGCUCUGCUCGAGUACCAGCGCAAGGCCCUCAACCGGUGUACCCAGUUACUGAACGGUCACCCUGAAGCAGGCGGCGUGACUGAUCUCAGCGGUGCUCUGGCUGCCCUGCAAAGAACGAUGGCGCGAAUGUCGAGCGAGACCGAGAAAGUAUCGGCGGCAAAGCAGAAGGAGUUGAAUCAAACACGGAAGGAACUGCAGCAAACGCAGAAAGAACUGCAGGAGAAGAACCAAGAGUUGAAGGAGCUUCAUGCCGCUGUGCUCGGCUCAGCUGGGUGA